AUGGUAAAAGACGCUCCUAAUGCUGUCAUUGGCGCUGGCGCUGGUACCGUUGCUGCUGCUGGUAUUUACAGUGCCACAUAUAGUGGUGUGCCCGUAUACGAGUUCCAGUUUGGUGGUGAUAAUAAGGAGCACGUAAUGCGCCGGCGACAAGACGACUGGGUCAAUGCGACACAUAUCCUCAAAGCAGCAGGGUUCGACAAGCCCGCCCGUACGAGAAUCCUCGAGCGCGAGGUACAAAAAGACGUACACGAGAAGAUCCAGGGUGGAUAUGGAAAAUAUCAAGGCACAUGGAUUCCUUUGGAAGCCGGGGAACAACUUGCCCAACGAAACAACAUCUUCGAGCGCCUUCGGCCCAUCUUUGAGUUCGUUCCCGGAAAUCAGAGCCCACCCCCAGCGCCUCGGCAUGCAAGCAAGCCAAAGGCCCCUAGAAAGCCGGCAGUGCCAAAAUGGGGUGCCCCGCCGCCCCAAGAACUUGAGACUGCCAGCCAACAGCUAAAUGAGGAUGAUACCCCGGAUAACGUCACUAGAAAACGAGAGGAUAAUAUACAAGACCUCACUGAGCAGCAACAUUCGGUCUAUGGUGAUGAGCUAUUGGAUUACUUCCUCUUAUCUCGUAACGAGGCACCCAAUUUCCGUCCCGAGCCUCCUCCUAAUUUUCAGCCUGACUGGCCGAUCGAUACAGAGAAGCAUACUGCCCUCCACUGGGCUAGCGCUAUGGGCGAUGUGGAUGUCAUUAAGCAGCUGAAGCGAUUCGGAGCCACUUUAGGAGUUCAAAACUGCAAGGGCGAAACCCCGUUCAUGCGAUCCGUAAACUUUACCAACUGUUACGAGAAGCAAACUUUCCCUCAGGUUAUGAAGGAACUUUGGGAUACCGUUGACGCGCGUGACGAUUCUGGUUGUACAGUAAUUCAUCACGCAGCAAUUAUGAAAAGUGGUCGGAUCACUAGUACUUCGUGCUGCCGUUACUAUCUCGAUAAUAUUCUAAACAAACUCCAAGAAACUCAUGACCCCAACUUCGUCCAGCACAUUAUCGACACCCAAGAUCAUGGCGGUAAUACCGCUCUACACCUAGCGGCAAAGACGAACGCUCGUAAAUGUAUACGAGCCCUUCUUGGCCGGGGCGCCUCCACGGACAUUCCCAACGCAGAAGGAAUCCGCGCAGAGGAUUUGAUCAAGGAACUAAAUGCUACAAAAAAUCCAAAGGAGCGUGUCCCUCAGCGAUCCUCAUCUCCCUUUGCACCCGACUCUCAACGACACGUCUCCCUUCGCGACGCCAUCACAGAAUCCGUUUCUAAGCUAGCUGUUACAUAUAACUCGGAAGCAGCAAAUACAGUCCAAAAUAAGAUAACGCCACUUGUCUUAGAGAAGUUCCAGGAUCUCGCCCAUAGUUACGAUGAGGAAUGGAAGGAAAAGAACGAGGCCGAGAUGGAGGCUCGUCGUAUCCUCGCAAAUACACAAAACGAGCUUGCCGUUGUUAGAGCGCAAAUUGCCGAACUAGACAGUCAGUUAGAAUCUCCCGAGGCAGCGUCAAAGGUCGUCGGCGAAGCUACUAUCCUACAGCAGCAAGUCACGUCAUUACUAGCAAGCCAGAGCCGAUACUAUGUGCAUUCUUCCGUCGAACAAGCAGUAUCGAUGAUGAAUGGUGAUACCGGUGACAAUUCGUACGAAGAACGAGUUCAACUUGCCCAGGAGCUAAGGGAGCUUGUCGUAGAGCAGCGACGCGCAGAGAAAGAGUACGUCGAUGCUUUAGGGGUGUCCGGCACCGGCGAGAAGAUUGACAAGUACCGACGACUACUCAAGGAAUGCCUGGAUCAGGAGGCUGCAGAGAACUUGGAUUCUAACUUGGAUGACCUCAUCGACAUGAUGGAAGAGGAGCGAAGUGAGGGGGCUCCGGCGAUACCCGGGCAAGGAGAGCCUAUGAUGAUCUGUUAA